CCCCUCAAGUUCGAAAUUAUAAGCCAGUCGUUAAAUAUUCAAAAAGGAGCUGCCAUAUGCAGGGUUUGAUUUUAUUCGAAUGCUAAAUCACUUGGUGUACAUAAGAUUCGGCUUUAAUUAACCAAACAUGGCUAGAUACCAAAGACGCUGUCCGACGGAGUCCGUUCGGCAAGCAUCAGGCGGAAGCAUUGGCAUUGGCACUUACGGGACCGGCCCCGUUUUUGACGGCAACACAUAUCCGGUUAUGGUUGGUGAAGUGCCAAUGCGGCCGCCUGCAGCUAGCAAGACGCGACAGAAGCCCGUUCCGGGCAUACCACAAAGGUGCAGCACCAGAGCAACUUUAAGGCGGCAACAGCAGAUGCAGCGAGAAUCACAAAGGCAACCGACAGCUCAACUACUUCAGUCACAGCCACAGUCCCAGAGACAGUCCCAGUCCCACUUCCACUCCCAGUCACAGCCAGAGCCACAGCCACAUCUGUCAACGCUGCAAGAGCAAGUGAAACAGCUACAGCUACAGCUGCAGCAACAACAACUCCAGCUACAGCAUGAACAGAUGCGGCAGCUCUACGGAGGCUGGCCGCUGGGUGGCAUGGCUCAGGCCAAUGCAAAUGCCUUGGGCAAUAACAUGAACAUUUUCAAUCCAUUGGCGCCAUCCUUUAAUUUGGGUCCAACGUUGCCUUCAAACUGCUCGGAUUUCUGGCCCGGAUACACUAUGGUCACACCCGGAGAUCCCAGCAGACCAUACUCAUUCGGCCUGAGCCCCACAGACUAGUUAAAAUUUAUUGUCGUAAAAUCAAAAGUCGAUUUAAUGAUUAUUUAUUACUCAAAUAUAAGUUACUCUC